AACUCUAACCAGACCUCAGACUUUCGACGACUCAUACGCGAAUAAGUGUUUAAAUAAAUGUAAGACAAUCGCGAUUUUUUUUCUUCAUCUGCUCACUUAUUGGGUUAUUGUUUGUUUCUAUUCUGGGAGUUGAGUUGCUGUUUAAGUUACUUUAAUUUUUAAUAACUUUUCACAUUAUUAUAAUUAAUAUAAUUCACCUGCAAUAUUAGUAUGUCGACUUUGAAGAGGGAGUUUUUUGCUGUUUUUUUCCCCUCACUUAAAAAAAAACGUUGUCUUAGGUGAAAAGUCGAACCAUUUAAAGAACCACCCUCAAACGUGCUGUCUAUUCCCACUUUCAGAAAGCACCCAGGUAGGCUACUGCUGGACAGGUGAGACCAGACCAUGGCUCCUCUGACACCUCCUCCCCUGUUGUGGUUAUGGCUGACCCCUGUCCAUCCCGCUGGGUAGCUGGGAAAGAUGCUCUAUCAUUAAUGACCUAUCUCAUCCAGCAGCCCAACCAGGAGACUGACAGGACAGGAUGGACUAACAUACUCUUUAGCCCUUCUCAGCUCUUACAACAACUACCUCCCCAACUCCAGACCAUUACACUACACUACUCUGUUACUGUGCUGUUCUGUUUGUAUUCCUCACAUUGCCACCAGGACAGUGCAGCUAGGCUUUAGGCUGGACUGUCUGUCAGCAUGCACAGGGCCAAGGGAGGGCCUGGCCCCCCACGCUUCCAGGACAUCUAUGAAUUCUCCCUGGAUGGUGACGAGACCACAACCCAGAUCUUUCUGCAAAGCCCGGGGAAAGCCAUGGAGGGCCCGGGAAUGCCCCUGUCCCCUCACUACAAGUACAUCCAGACUGAGCACCAGCAGGGGGGUCUCUUCUCCCUCGGGCCCCCUACCCAUGGAGAGGCCCUCGCGGCCCCCCAGGGAAAGAAGAGGAGGCGGUGCGGCGUGUGUGGCCCCUGUAUGCAGAAGGAGAACUGUGGCACCUGCAGCAACUGUAUGAACCGUAAAAUUGGGAAGCAGAUCUGUAAGCUGCGUAAAUGUGACCAGCUGAAGAUGAAGGGACAGAAGGACUGGGAGGUGGAACAUUUUGAGGACAACAGUAAAGCCUGGUUUGUAAAGGCCAAUCUGGGGACAGAGACUGUUUCGGACGCUCGUUCAGUGGAUGGCCCCAGAAGAGGAGGCCAGAUGGAAACUGGGUCACAUGACCGCCUCGAGGAAGGCGGUUUGCUGAGCCUGGAACCGACCAAUGGGGUGAGCCGGCAUCCCAGGGACACCCAUGAGGAGGGUGGAGCUGGCCUGGAGCCCCAGAGGGAGCCCCAGCAGUCAAGGAGUGUUUCCCCAGGACAGGGCAGUGUACCUGGGCACAGCAAAGCCACCCAACCCCAUCAGCAGCAGCACUGCAAUGGCUGGAGCAGUAGUGGUAGGACUCCUGGGAAGCCUGUCCAUGAGGCAGACAUGGAGGUUGCACGCAACCUGGUAGCCUUCUCAGCCAGCGUGAGUGUUGGCUCCCUGCCCCCCUCAGGUCACCUUGAGCCCCAGUCCCACGCCAUCCAGCUGUAUGAGAAGUUCAACCAGGAGAUGGGAACUGGCGAGGGGGCCGCGGCUCAAGACAGACUCCAAGCCCCAGAAGGGGAAAACCAGGCUAGCCCCCCAGAGGACCUGAACACCCUGCAGAAUGCCCUGAGCCAGGCGCGCCACGGCCACAAGCCCCCCAACUGUGACUGUGAUGGGCCAGACUGCCCGGACUACCUGGAGUGGCUGGAGAAGAGGAUAAAACAGACACGGGCAGGGGAGGAGCGGGACAACAACACGCCCUGCUCCAAGAUCACCACUGACACACCGCCUCAUCAACAGCCCCCCCACCCCCAACCCCAUGUCAAUGGAGGUAACCCUCCCUCCGGGCCACCACUACACCCACAUCGACAAGUCCAACACCCAGCCCCUAUCCCCUGCUCCCCUCAGGUCCUCUUCAUCGCCAAGGAGAAGAACGUCAGUCUGCAGACGGCUAUUGCCAUCGAGGCCCUGACCCAGCUGUCUGCCACUGUCCCCCAGACCGUGGUCCCUCCUACCCAGGCCUCCUCCACCAGUCAACCUCAACACCCCCCUCUCCACCUCCAGCACGGCACCCGCCUGAACCCCUCCUCCUCCAACCCCAUCUCCUCUUUGUCCUCCUCGCGUUCACAAUCCGUCCCUCCUGGACUAUACCCCCAGCCCCAACAGAGCCCUGUGUCGCGGGAGCAGCAGCACAGACCCCAGUCCCAUGGUCAUCCGGCCCACGCCUCCAAUCUCCCGUCCUCCACUUCACCCUUCCCCCGGCAGCCCGAGGCAGGCAGCCUCCUGCCUCACCACCAGCAGUGGCAGCAGCAGCAGGGCACUGGGGGAUCCCAAGAGCAGAGGAACCAGUGGAUGAACUCAGAUUCCCAGCAGCCUCGCUUCGCCCCUCCGUCCGGUGGCCACAGCACUGGCGACCCCAUGUCCGAGCUCAAACAGCUACUGGGGGACUCCAGCGGAAAGUACAUAAGUGGCCCCUUCAAGUUGCCCGUCCCACACCACCACAUCAAGCAGGAACCAGGGAUGCCUCGGGUCAAGCAGGAGGUAGACUCCGGGGAGUACCAGAGCUCUGCCUGCGCCUCCAUGGGGGGCUGCUACAGCUUGAUGAAUGGCCAGCAGCAGCCUAGGUACCCUGGUCCUCCUCUCUCCCUGGGCAGCGCAGCCAUCCACCACUCCACCCAGACAGCUCUGCAGCAGCACCUUCACCACAAGAGGAACCUCUUCUCAAACUCUCCCGGCCUCCCAGGCCUCUGCCCUCUGCGUCCCGCCAAGGCCUGCCAGAACCUCCGCAAGUGGUGGCCCCAACAGAUGGGCCCCGAGGGCCACCCCGUCCCCGUGGCCAUCAAGCAGGAGACCAAGAGGAGGAAGAGCACAGCGGGGACAUCUCCGCUCCUCAAGCAGCACGCAGGGGGUGGGAUGCUGCUCCAGCCAGGUCCCAAACCCAAGACGAUAGUCAUCAAGAAAACCAAGCAGAAGGUCUCCCUGCCAACCUUCCUGCCUCACAGACAGAUCUCCAUACAGAAACCGUCUCCCCUCACCAUUACCGGAGCCCUGCCUCUGGCCAGUGCCCACCCAGGUUCUCUCCCUACCUUCCCCCUCCUCAGUAACCCCACUCAGGCUGCCACAGGCCUCCCUGCCCCAGCCCAAUCUCAGGUAUCCAUUUUAAACUCUUCUAUUGCACCCUCUGUCGCUGCUUCUGCCUUGUCUGUAAACACUCCAGACGUCUCAACCCCUCAGCCUCUCCCUGUAGCCCUGGACAUCCCAGCAAGCUCAGCGGAGGCCAGCGCCACACAGACCUCCACCAUCUCUCAGUCCAUACCAGGCCUCAGUUCCCUGGACCCCAAGUUCGAGGAGCUGAUCUGCCAGUUUGAGGCAGAGUUCGGGGACAGUUCAUCCUCUGCCCCAGAGCCCUGCCCUUCACAGAUCCAGAGCCAGCCCCAGGACCAAGCCCCCUCAGCCUCAGCCCAGCCCGUGGUGACAGAGUCUCAGCCCAAAGUUAACUCAGGACAAGCCAGGCCCCCAUCACCAUCCAGCGCUACCAUCACUCAGUCCUCCAGCGCUGCGCCAUUAGCUCCUACCACAGCCCCACCUGCAGACAAGGAGGAGUCUGGGAGUAUGAGUAAAGUAACCUCCACCACACAGCCCUCCACUGAGAGCCCCAUGGAGAAGCAGCGGGAGGCAACCAAGCUGCCUCUCUCCCCAUCCCAGCUGCCCAAACGCAUGAAGAUUGAGACCAAUGGGAACGUAGCUGUCCUCUCCACCACUGGAUUAUUCUCUGAUGGGGGCGAGGACGACACCCCCACUAAAGACGGAUUCCCCCUUAACCCCUCCCUAAAAGGCUUCCUUGAGUCUCCACUACGCUACCUGGACACGCCCACUAAGAGCCUGCUAGACAUGCCCGUCAAGGACCUCCAGGCUGAGUUCCCCACCUGCAACUGUGUCGAGCAAGUCCUGGAGAAGGAUGAGGGUCCGUACUACAAUCACCUGGGCUCCGGGCCCACUGUGGCCUCCAUACGAGAGCUGAUGGAGACCAGGUAUGGAGAGAAGGGAGAUGCUAUCCGUAUUGAGAAGGUGGUCUAUACCGGCCGGGAAGGCAAGAGCUCUCAGGGAUGUCCCAUUGCCAAGUGGGUGAUUCGUCGGGGCAGUGAGACAGAGAAGUUGCUGUGUCUGGUGCGUCCCCGGCCAGGUCACCACUGUCCCAACGCUGUCAUCAUCAUCCUCAUCAUGGCGUGGGAGGGCGUGCCACGGGCGCUAGGCGACAAGCUCUACCGAGAGCUCUCCGCCACCAUCACCAAGUUCGGCAACCCCACCAGCCGCCGGUGUGGACUCAACGACGAUCGUACGUGUGCGUGCCAAGGCAAGGACCCUGACAGUUGUGGAGCUUCCUUCUCCUUCGGCUGCUCCUGGAGCAUGUACUUUAACGGCUGCAAGUACGCCCGCAGCAAAACACCCCGCAAGUUCAGACUGGCAGGAGACCACCCCCAAGAGGAGGAUCAACUCAGGGAUAACUUCCAGGAUCUGGCCACUGAGUUGGCUCCCCUGUACAAGCAGCUGGCCCCACAGGCAUACAAUAACCAGUGUCAGAAUGAGGUGACGGCUCCAGACUGCAGGUUGGGUCUGAAGGAGGGCCGGCCCUUCUCUGGUGUCACCGCCUGCAUGGAUUUCUGUGCCCACGCUCACAAGGACCAGCACAACCUCUACAAUGGCUGCACUGUGGUGUGCACUCUGACUAAAGAGGACAACCGUACAGUGGGGGAGAUCCCAGAGGACGAGCAGCUCCAUGUACUUCCCCUCUACAAGGCCGCCCUCACAGACGAGUUUGGCAGUGAGGAGGGUCAGCGGCAAAAGAUGCGCACAGGCGCCAUUCAGGGGCUUAGCAACUUCCGCCGUGAGGUCCGCAAGCUGCCUGAGCCCGCCAAGUCCUGCCGCCAGCGCCGCCUGGACGCUAAGAACCGCGCCUCGGAGAAGAAGAAGGCCAAGCAGCAGCUGCCAACGCCCACGGAAACGCCGGAUAAGACUGUGAUCAAGACGGAGGUCCGGCACGCUGGCUCCCCUGUCAGACAGCAUGGCAAUAAAGUGAUCCCUAAGCAGGAGGUGAAGCCCACCAUGAAGAAGGAGGCAGUGGACCAGUGCCAAUACCCCUACCACGUCUACCCCUCCCACCCUGGCUACUACACACGGGGAGGCCCCCCUUCCAAUGGCCAGCCCCCUGCACUUCCACUUCCACCAGGUCCUGUCAAUGGCUACCACCCCAAUAUACCCUCAGCACUGCCUUACGGCUAUUACAACUAUCCCCCCAACCCUAACACACUUUUCCCCCGUGAGCUCACUUACGAGGGCCGUAACAGCUCCUGGCAUCACGCAGGGCACAAUGCUUCCCCCGGCCCUGUGGACAAGAAGCCAGACUUUCAGAGCCUCCAGGCCAAGCUGGCACACUCCUACUCAGGCCCAGGCCUCCCUGAGCAGCAGCAUGGAGACCCAGCCAACCAACACCAAUGCAACGCUUACCCACACCCCCACCAGCCUGACUACAACCAAUCACGUCCCUCCUCAGUCUCCUCAGAGCCCUCCCACAGAGGGACCCCUGUCAUCAAGCAGGAGCCCAUGGAUGUGCCAGUGUGUGAGGGGGGCAAUACCCAGAGUUGUCCCGACACUCCCAUCCCCACCCCACAGCCUGGAGGACCCUGGUCCGGGCACAAGCCCAACGGGAGUAUGGUAUCAGGCAGCUGGGAAGGCAACCCCCAACCACCAUGCACCCCGGAGGCUCCCUUCACUUCAGACAAGCAGCAGGUCCACCAGCAGGGACCUCACCAGACUUCCCAAUCUCCAUACUCCCAACAGCAGCAUCAGUAUCCCCCACAACAGCCCUCCCCAUACCCCCAGCAAUGGAACUCUUACCCUGGCCCCAACACCCCCAAGGCCUCCCCUGUUCCCUCCCCGUCACCCUCUCCUUCCCCACACCACGGCACCCCCCGCCACUGGGACAGCCCUGCUCCCAGCCCUCAGCCUAAGGCUUGGCCCAUGGACAUGGUUCCUGCUGGGUACUGCCCUAGCCCUGCCAGAGGCUUCCCCGACAAGAUAUGCUCCAAAGCGGGCGAGAGUCGGGGCUCGACCCCUCUAGGUCUCCAGGAGAAGGCCUGGAAGUCUUUUGGAGGAUCCAUGGCAGGUACACAGUCUCCAACCCCAGAGGCCUGCUGGGACCCUAACCGGGCUGAGACCCCGAGCGACGUCGAGAGCCAGAGAGGUCGCGACCUGGACGAGGAAGAGCAGUGGUCAGACAGCGAGCAUAACUUCCUGGACCCCAGCAUUGGAGGGGUGGCGGUGGCACCCGCCCACGGUUCCAUCCUGAUCGAGUGUGCCCGGCGUGAGCUGCACGCCACCACGCCACUCAAGAGGCCCGACCGCUCUCACCCCACCCGCAUCUCCCUGGUGUUCUACCAGCACAAGAACAUGAACCAGCCCUGCCAUGGCCAGUGGCUCUGGGAGGCCAAGAUGAAGAUGCUGGCGGAGCGGGCUAGAGAGAGGCAGCAGGAGGCAGCACUACUGGGGCUGCCCUACGAGGACAUCAAACCUGGGAAGAAACGCAAGUUGGGGGCCACGGCAGGAGGGGCCAGCCCAGGUCCUGGCCAGACCACGGAGGGGCCAGUGAUGGGGAUGGCGACGCGGUUGGCCUCCACCCACCACACCACCUCCACGGUCACUGUGUCCCCCUAUGCCUUUACCACCCUCACUGGGCCCUACAGCCACUUUGUGUGAUGAUGAACAGACAGGCUGGUGGAGGGAGAGCGGGCUGAGCAGACAACCCCUCCUUUAGUCCUGUGUAUCUCCAUCCUCCUCCUGCUCUGUUUUCUCACUCUGGUGCUCUGGGCUGGAAGGAGGGGGACUACUGGUUUGAAUCCUCGUUUUGUUUGUUUUUUACCUCAUGUCAGGCAGCAGUAUGGGCCCGACCCUGGACCAGACAGACACACUGCCUGUGGUGCUCUUUCUCUCUCCUCUGCGGGAGGGACUCCAUUGCUUCUCCUUCUUCAUAGAAUUUUAAUGAUCCUCCUAAUUAUUACUAUUAUUAUCAAUAUUAUUACAAUUGUUAUUGUUACUGUCAAUGUUGUUAUUACAGGUAUUAUUAUUAUGAUGAAGAUUCUGAUUUGAUUUGUUUGUUUAUUGAUGUGGUUGUUUUUUCAUGUUGUUAUUAAUUAUUAUUUAGUUUAUGUUGUGUUUUUUUUACAGAGGGGUCUGUCUUGCUUUUUUCCCAUAUUUCUGUCAAUCUGCCCUUUUCUUUUUUUUCCCCUUUGGCUUUUGAAAUGUUUAACUGUACUUGGAGAAAGGCCGUUCUCAGCACUGCAAGGCUCUUCAAGGCGGUCUUUCCAACAAGCACGACAUACACAUUUUACAUUUGAAUCAUUAGUCUUGACCAAAAGAGGGAAGAGAAACCCACAGAAACUUCUCUGAACCAUCCCACAUAGCCUUUUUUAAACCAACUCCUGUCCUGUCUGCCUUGCUGUGAAGAGAAGGGUUCUUCUCUCCAUUUUUACUCUCACCCCACCGAUCCGCCUCACUCUACUGCUGUGGUGCUUCAUUGAUCUGUAUCCCUUUUACAGAGAUCAUAUCAGUCUCUCCAUUCAUCUCUUCUUCAUGGCACUAGAUGCUGAAUAUAAGGCUGCUCUUAUAGCAUAGAUGUAGAGUGAGAACAACAGGCACUAGAUGCUGAAUAUAAGGCUGCUCUUAUAGCAUAGAUGUAGAAUGAGAACAACAGGCACUAGAUGCUGAAUAUAAGGGUGCUCUUAUAGCAUAGAUGUAGAGUGAGAACAACAGGCACUAGAUGCUGAAUAUAAGGCUGCUCUUAUAGCAUAGAUGUAGAAUGAGAACAACAGGCACAAGAUGCUGAAUAUAAGGGUGCUCUUAUAGCAUAGAUGUAGAGUGAGAACAACAGGCACAAGAUGCUGAAUAUAAGGCUGCUCUUAUAGCAUAGAUGUAGAGUGAGAACAACAGGCACUAGAUGCUGAAUAUAAGGCUGCUCUUAUAGCAUAGAUGUAGAGUGAGAACAACAGGCACUAGAUGCUGAAUAUGGCUGCUCUUAUAGCAUAGAUGUAGAGUGAGAACAACAGGCACAAGAUGCUGAAUAUAAGGGUGCUCUUAUAGCAUAGAUGUAGAGUGAGAACAACAGGCACUAGAUGCUGAAUAUAAGGCUGCUCUUAUAGCAUAGAUGUAGAGUGAGAACAACAGGCACUAGAUGCUGAAUAUAAGGCUGCUCUUAUAGCAUAGAUGUAGAGUGAGAACAACAGGCACUAGAUGCUGAAUAUAAGGGUGCUCUUGUAGCAUAGAUGUAGAGUGAGAACAACAGGCACUAGAUGCUGAAUAUAAGGCUGCUCUUAUAGCAUAGAUGUAGAGUGAGAACAACAGGCACUAGAUGCUGAAUAUAAGGCUGCUCUUAUAGCAUAGAUGUAGAGUGAGAACAACAGGCACUAGAUGCUGAAUAUAAGGGUGCUCUUGUAGCAUAGAUGUAGAGUGAGAACAACAGGCACUAGAUGCUGAAUAUAAGGCUGCUCUUAUAGCAUAGAUGUAGAGUGAGAACAACCGGCAGUAGAAGUCCUCAUCUUCCUUCAGGUGUUGGUUGAGAGAUCUAUCCCUCCAGUUCUAUGGCUCCUGUGGGGAUUAGUGAGCGCUUUCUAUUUGAAGCACAAGAGGGCAGCACUGACCCAUGUAAAAUGGUGCACUGAUACACACAGACACCAACUCUCACUUACACACAGACACCAACUCUCACUUACACACACACACACAAAGCUCCUAUCAUCCAGCCAGCACAGCUCCUGUCAUACAGCCUUACUGCUUUAAACGACGGAAGCAUGGCCGCCAAAGUCUGGUCCUUCCAAUGACCACAGGCAGCACGGGCCACGCAAGCCCUUUAUCCUGAAACCGGAGACAUUGAUGGGAAUAGUGUGUGGACAGAAAUGCACUCCUAAACACACUGGUGCUUUCCCUACACAUGUUGACACACAAAGGGCUCAGUCAGUGAGUCCUGCUUUUGCCUGGUGCUGUUAUUCGUUUUGAAGCAGAGCAAGGUUUGUCUCUAUGCACACACUGUCACGACAGAGCCAGUAAAUCCUUAUUCACCAAUCAUGGCUGCCUCUGCAUUGCUUGCGUGUCAGAGCCAGAGCCUGCUUGGGGCUCACUUUUGAGAUGAGAAAUCUUGGUGCUUAUGAAGUGGUCGAGAUAGAGCUCUCUAUACCUCAACGUUGCCGAGACACUGGUCAUGGUUGCAAAACGCUACAAACACAGACACAGGCACCAGGUCAGAGGAACAUGAUGAAUAUUAGUCCAGAUUCCCCAUGUGCUCUACAAACUCAUUUUAAUCCACUUUUUUAUUAUUUAUUACAUGAUAAUGAUGAUGAUGAUUGUUGUUAUUGUUUUUUUUUCUUUGUUUUGUUAUAGCUAAUAGAAAUUGUACAUACAGAAGAAAAUAUUUUAUAAAAGCACUUUUAAUCUUGAUUUCAUUGAGAGAAAAAGAGAACAGAUUAUUGACAACUUGAAGCUUACUUUUUUAAACUUUUUUUCUUUCUUUUUUUUCUCUCCCAAGAGAGAUUUAAAAAAUGUACAUAUUUAAAAUAUUUAGGUAAGAUUAUUUAACUGUUGAGGGAUAAUGACUAAAUCAUAAAUGAUUCCAGGCUUUUUAGUCCAGUCAGUUUGCCAGACAGCCUUUAGUAACAGAAAACAACUCAGUGAUUUCCAAUGUGUUAUGUCUGCAUAUGUAUACUCAAUACUGCUGUCCUGAUUUCAUAAGUACUGUACUACACGAUACCUCUGACAGCAACCAACCAGCCACCCUUCCUUCAUGAGAAAAGAUUGACGUAAUCAGUAAUCAGGCCAUUUAUAAGCCAGAGUAUGAUAUCUAGCCAUUCCACACUGAGAACCAAUGAGAAACAAAGUAUUUCUUGUUUUUUAACACAAGAAUCAAACAGUUGCCGAAUCAAAGUUGUCAGAAGUGCUUGUAUGAGAGAACUCUAGUGACAGAGGUGAGGUGUAGCCCCAGCAAUCUGUCUUGUCCAUUGUGUUAGACUGAGGUGAGAGGUUGUCACCACCGUAACUUGUUUUUAAUGUGGUAUUAUCAAUGAUAGUGAUUUUAACAGUAGUAAAAGAUGUAACAGUAAUGGAGAACCAUGACAACUUCACACUUGUAGUACCAGACUGAAGGUACAGUGUAUUCAUGGAAGACACCAGAUAAUAACUGGUAGUUUAGUUUGUAAUAUCUUUUGUUGGUUGUUGUAGAUUGUCACAGACAUGACCAACAGGACUUUGACUAAUUUAGGGACCUGGGGAAUAUGGCUAUUCUAUUCCCACCGUAAGAACAAACUCCCCCUUUAAUAACGUCAAUGCAUGAUCGACACACAGUUCUAAUGAUUCAGUCAUAUUUAUGAUCUAUGUAAUAAUGGGUGCUGAUCAUAUAUACUGCAUAUUAAUAUUUUAUUUGUACAACAUUUUUGGGGAGGCUAAUGCUAUGGCGCUACUCCCUAACUUCACUGUGGAAUAAAAUGGGGGGGGGGAGACGUGAUUUAUAUCACUGAUAUUUGUCUGAGCUCUUAGAAUGAUAAGAUAAACUAUUUCUUUGAAUAUUGCAGUUUCAAUGAUGUAACUACUCCGGUGCUGAUUUAAUGGGAAUUUCCCAUUCAUGUUCAAGGUAAUCAAAUAAAAAAAUAAAACUGUUGAAUUGAACUAC